AUGGAUUUGAAUCAUUAGAAAGAAGUUUUUGAUGCUUCAGAGAGGAAUAAACAGGAGAUAGAAAAUAAAAGAGCUGUACUAGCAGAAAUGAAAGAGGAGUUAAAUGGCAUCUAUGAAUUUAAAAAAGUUCGAUUGCAGAUUUAGGAAGAGGUCUAAAAUCUAAGAGAUCUGUUGAAUAAUGAGAGAUAAAGACACGAAGUCGUCUUAAAUGAGAUUGAGAAUGAUAAGGUGUAAAGAAUGGAAAAAAUGCGAAAAGACAUGCUUUUAAGAGUCAAAGAAGUUAAAACUGCCAUGCUUAAUUUAACUGAGGACAAACUGCAAGGAACAACAAGACUGACCAUUAAGCAAAACAAAUAAUUGACAAGUGAGUUAGAGUAUCAAUCUAAGCAGACUGAGCAUCUAAUGUUUCAAAACUUUCAAAUGUAAAAUGAGAUAAAGAAUUUGAUCAAGGAUAAAUAAAUUCAUGAGGAAGUAGAGAAAGAACUGGCUAAAAGAUCGCACUUCUGCUAGAAAGUUAUAGAGAAGUAUAAAGAGCAGAUAGCAGAUUUAAAAGCUUAAAUAAAAGAUAUUUAGGAGGACAAAUUCAGUAGAUUCAACAAAAAUAAUUAGGGGCUGAAUGACCUAAAUUCAAAUGAUAAUCAAGAUCUAAUGAACUUUUUAGAGAAAAGAAUAAGUGAUAUAGAUGGAAAAUUGAGAUUAGCCUAAGUUGAUUAAGAAUCACUCUAGGAUGAAUAUUAAUUUAUGUAGGAAAAAUUGGAAAAAGAAAAAAAGAAAUAUGAAAAGCUAGCAAUGAUUUUAACUGAGUACCUUGAUGAAGUGUUAUCUGAAAAUGAGGGUCUCAUUUAGGAAAAUCAAGACAUACAUCUAGAUGUUGAGUCAAUAAAAGAAUAUGAUAAGAUAGAAGAUGUACCUGCUAAAGAUCGUGUAGCACUAUUAUUAGUACUUCUUAAGUAGUUAUAACCUUUACUUACAGAUUUACCGAAAAAUAUAAUGCAAUCUUCAAGAAAUAAAGACCUAAGUCAAGCUACUAUAGAUCUACCUAUUAAUAGAAGCAUGACUCUAAUUAAUAAGCCAAUAAUUAGCACUUAACAAAAACUUAACUUAAAAUCAUAGCUAAAUAGAUACUCUAAUAUCAAAGGCAGUCAAUCAUCAGUAUCCCCAUUCAAUAAUUUUAACAGUAAAUCUCCCUAUUCCAAUAAUAAUAUUUACAAUGACUCUACACAAUUAGAUCAUGAUACUUCUCGCAACUACUCUAAUAAUACUCAUCUCAAAAGCAAACUACUAGAUAGAAGUGCAUAAAACAUUCAUGAUAGUAGUUUUACGGAUCAAAAAAAGAUUAAGUUAUUUGCAAGAAACCAAAGAGUCUUUUAGACUCAAAACAAUUAGAAACCUACUUCAAUUAAUAAUUAGAAAUAUGUCCUGAAUAAUUAGCUUAGCUCUGGAGCCUAUACAACAAGCGCAUCAGUUUAAUAAAUACAUUCUUAAAGUUUAAUCUAGCUUAAGAAGGGAAAUUAGCCCAGUGAUUCUAUAUUACAAGCUUAUAGCAACUAUGGAAUGCGAAAUAAACUAAAAGAUAUUGAAAAUAAGAUUAACUCAGCUGAGGUAUCAUAGUUUAGCUCAAUAAAGAAAUAAAAAUAAAUUGAUGGCAAUAAAAGUAGUUUAGAGCUUGGAUCACAUUCAUUAGGAAACUUACCAAAAUUAAAUAAUAGUUUCAUGUGA